AUGGGCGGAGCGUCGUCGCCGGUCGAUGGCUCCUCGGGGCGCCGCCGCGGCCGCGCCGGGGGGGGCAGCAGCAGGGGGGGCGAGGACGAAAAUUCCUUGGAGGAAAUCCAGGCGUCCAUCGAGGAGCUCCUGGGCAUGCAGGGCUUGGGGUCCGGGAGUUGGAACAACGAGCCCGGCGGAGGCGUUCCUGCGGCGGUGGAGCGGGAGCAGCGGACUCUUGUCCGCGAGAUCAAGGCACUGGGGCGGAGGGGCCGAUGGGGCGACGUGCUGGAAGUGGUCGCACGGGCACGCCACCAAGGCACGGAGCUGAACUCGAUCAUCUACGGGUGCGCCAUGAACGCAGUUGGAAGGAGUGGUCGCUACAAGGAGUGCAUGAUCCUCCUGGAGUGGUCGACAGAGGAUAUCGAGCCCGACGAGUACUGCUACAAGGCCGCCAUCAUCGCGUGCUCGGCGGCGAACCAGUGGGGACGCGCGCUGGACCUAUUCCGCCGCUUUCAGCGCGCCACCGAUGGCAUAGGGGGGGCGUCUCCGCCCGCCGCCGCCGGCGCUGCUGGCGAUAACGCCAAAGGGUUUGCCCCUGGCACGGCGAUCUACAACGCGGUCAUCACGGCCUGCGCUCGGGGUUUGUUCACAGAGGAGGCGUUGGCGUUUUUCCUCGAGAUGGGGGAGCGGGGAGUUCGCCGGGAUGAGGUCACGUAUACCGCGGCCAUCGACGCCUGCGCGAGGGGGGGGCUGUGGCAGAGGGGGCUCGAUCUCUUGUCUGAGAUGCGGACGGCCGGGCUCCGGCCGUCCCUGGCGAGCUACAACGCAGCCCUGGACGGCUGCGGGCGCGAGGGAAGAUGGGAAGAAGCAGCCGAUCUUAUCGACGCCAUGAGAGGUAACGACGCCCAAGAAGACGACGACCACGACCUUGCGGAGAUUCUCCUCCUGCUGGACGAGGAACGACCCGACACGCCGCCAUCGUCCCCUCCGGCAUCGGCAGAGGAACGACAAGAACCACUCGCCUCGAAUCACUCUCCUACGACCGCUACUGCUAAGGGCGGCUCUCCCGACGGCGUGGAAUUUCGGGUGGCGGCGCUGUCGUCGUUGUUCUCGCCCCCCUCGCCGGACGUCCGCUCGUACAACUCCUGCAUCGCGGCGUGCCGGCGUGGCGGCCAGAGCGGCCUCGCCAGGCUCUUCUUCCACGACAUGCUGUCCCGGGGACUGAGACCCGACGUCUGGACCUUCAAGUGCGCGGUAUUGGGCCGCCUGCAGGCGCAACCACCUACGCCCCCCCCUGCCCCCGCCGCCGCCGCCGCCGCCACAAAGGCGGGAACACGCCAGGAUCCGGAAAUUUCUUCGCGGCCGGGUUUUUCCGGCGGCCAGGAGCGUUUGCCGCCUUCCCGGGCUCCUCAGCAGGCGCGGUCCCCCUGGCGGGCGUUGCUGGUGCUCCUUGAGGAUGUGGACGGGGAGGGGCUGGGUCCCGACCCGCCGUGCAUCAACCUGGCGCUGACGGAGUGCGCGAGGGCCGGGCGCUGGGAGGAGAGUCGCAGCCUCCUAGAAGACCUGAGGGAAGCAUCCCCGCCCGGGGGGUCACUCCUCCCCGGUGUGUCGAGAUACAACUCCGUGCUCAGGACGCUGCGCAACGCGCCUGCACGCGACCGCCGAACGACCUUGGGCGCUCCUACUGCUCCCCCGCUGGGUGGGGAGGUCACACCGGCAGGAGGAGGCGGCAGUAGAAUCGACGAAGAAUUCGUAGAUCUGGAGGCGGCGGGCGGGAGGUGGUCGGGGGCGGAGGGUUGGGCGGAUGGCCACGUCUCCGGGUUCCUCGAAGAUAUGCGCGCCGCGGGGGUGACGCCGGACAGGGAUACCUACCAGUGCGCCAUCCGCUGUGCCACCGACGCCGCUCUGUUGGACAUCGCCAAGGCCGAAAAGGCGGCGGCGGAGGAGGCGGCGGUGGGGAAGGGAGGUACGGUAGCCAGGGGCAGUGACAAGGGUGCCUUGAACCGCGGUGGUGGUGGUGGCGUCGUGAUGGAUGUCGACCCUGUUGGAUAGAUUGGCGUUGCGGCGUUACUAUUUAGAUGCUGCGCGGCUCUUGCCGCCCGGCCGUGCCGCCGGUUGCGUGCAGGCGUGGUUAGCGCUACUGCUGUAGGUCGUUCAGAUUGGUGUUGUUGAGGGAAACAUGCUGUGCAGCCCGACGCCAGGGAUGACUCCGUUCGUAAUAUUAAGCUUGUUGCUGUGAAUAUGAAACAAAAUAUGUACAAUACAGGAGAUGCAUGAGUGAAGUGUAAGUGUGAUGUGACAAUCAAUUGGCGUGCCCGCGGGUGUCCUGGGUGGGUAGGUGGAAUAGUCUAGAGGUUGGUUAGACGUGGCGAUGGAUGAUGUCCUCCGGGGUGCUGGCUAUUCGUCUAGAUAGCCUCCAGCGUUGGGAAUUGGCUUGCGCGUGUGUGAUUUCAUGGGUUUGUGUGGUCGAUGUGGUCAAACCUGAAGCGUAGAACUUGAAGUAAGUUCGUAGACUAUUAGUUGUAGCUCGCCCGUUCUGUUCUGCUGUGGCCGGCAUGGACAUGAGACAAGAUGGGUUUGUUUACACUUGACUCGUCGUGUAUCCGUGGUUGAUGUCGGGUUGUUGUUUUUAAACUUGAAGGUGGUGGGAAAAAAAAACGUCUUCUAUGCCACCACCACUCCUUCUCCAACCCGCCCAAAAGUAGCGGCUUUCUCGAAGGGUGAAUGGUAUAAUUGGUGGGGACGACGUGUGCAUACACAGGAGUAGUACUACAACAAGAUCUUGAUGUUUUCCAGAGCAUCAUCAUCGUAUGUUGGUGCUUUUGACGCUGGCUGCACUUUCAAGUUCUCCUGCACCAA